GUUUCAAGUUUUUUCUUGCCAUCUCUAUAGUAUAAACAAAUCAGUCUUACAACAUGACAAUUUCCAUGGUGGCCAUUUCUCAUAUCAUCCAGCCUUCGCUGAUGCAGUUGCAACCUCGAGUGUUCAUCAAUUUCCGAGGAGAGGACAUUCGCUAUGGCUUCAUCAGCCACCUCGUUGCUGCCUUUGAAGUACACGGAAUAUAUUUCUUCAUUGACAAAUACGAACAAAGGGGAAAUGACCUUACGUACCUCUUCAAAAGGAUCGAGGAGUCGAAGAUCGUACUAGCAAUCUUUUCUGGGAAAUAUGCACAAUCCAAAUGGUGCUUGAAUGAACUAGCAACGGUGAAGAAACUAGCAGAAGAAAACAAAUUAAAAGUUAUUCCCAUAUUCUACAAGGUGAAAGUUGGUGAUGUGAGACGUCAGAAGGGAGAAUUUGGUCGUAACUUUUGGAAUUUGGCAAGAAUUUCAAGUGGUGAGGAGAUCAAGCAGUGGAAGGAAGCUUUGGAGUUCGUUUCCCACAAGAUGGGCUUAGAACUAUGCGAAAACAGGUCUUCUACGUGA